AUGUCUUUCCUCACACGCACCGCUCCGUUCAUCACCGCGCGAGCCACGAACAUUGUCGCCCCAUCUAGUGUCCUUGCCUAUCGAUCCUUUUCCACGACCCGGGCGACGCAAAAAGGGCCUAUUGAGGCUACUAAGGAGACAAUCAAAAAGGUUGAUCGAACAGUAGCAAAUGCUGCUGUGAAGGGCAUUGAGACGGGGGAAAAAGUAACCAAAAAGGCACAGGAGACCAUUGGAAUAAAAGGUCAUGAAGCAGAGGGCAAGGCCAAGGAGGUGGCCGGUGAGGCAAAGGGAAAGGCAUCCGAGUUGGAAGGUCGAGCUAAAGGAAAGGCUGAGGAGCUUCGGAGCCAGAUAAAGCCAUAG